AUGGCAAGUGCACAAGAUGAAGCCGCGAUCGCGGAACUGAAAAAGAAGAGAACAUUCAGAAAGUUUUCAUAUCGUGGUGUUGAUCUCGAUCAAUUGUUGGACAUGAAUCGGUCUGCUAUUCGUGUUUCUUCGUUGUUUUUUCUCGGUUUUUAUCAAUGCUCAGAUGAAAAUCGAACGAGAAAUUGGCGAAACUCUUGA